AAGACCGACCCAUGAUUUGUCUGGAUUGAAAUGUAAGCCUGUCUCUCCUGCUAUCAGGAAACACAUCGCGGAUUUGUCCUUCUCACUACUAUCGUUAGUUCGGUUAACACAGUACCCGUGGCCGGAGGAGAGCGAGGAUUUGUGCUCCCCUAGACAGGUUUCCGGACAACAGCGAAACUGGACUCGGAACUGGACGGAAGGCGUAACUCCGAGAUCCCAAUAAUAAUUUGUGGACUAAACGCAAUGGAGCCAGCCUUUGGAGAGGUGAACCAGCUCGGCGGGGUUUUUGUCAACGGCAGACCGCUUCCCAACGCAAUCCGGCUGCGGAUUGUAGAGCUCGCCCAGCUGGGCAUCAGGCCUUGCGACAUCAGCAGACAGCUCCGGGUCUCCCACGGCUGCGUCAGCAAGAUACUGGCCCGGUACAACGAGACCGGCUCUAUACUCCCGGGAGCGAUCGGGGGCAGCAAACCACGGGUCACCACGCCUACAGUGGUCAAGCACAUACGGACAUACAAGCAGAGGGACCCGGGUAUCUUCGCCUGGGAGAUCCGGGACAGGCUACUGGCUGACGGAGUUUGUGACAAGUUCAAUCUACCAUCUGUGAGCUCCAUCAGUAGGAUCCUCCGCAACAAGAUUGGGAAUCUGUCCCAGCAGAGCCAGUAUGAGUCCAGCAAGCAGUCGUCUCACCCACCACAACCAACGCUACCAUACAACCACAUAUACUCGUAUCCGACCCCCAUCGGAGCCUCUGGGACCAAAGUACCGACUCCCCCGGGCAUGCACUCCCUCCCUGGACACAUGGCUAUGCACAGGAUAUGGCCCUCCUCCCACUCGGUAACAGAUAUUCUGGGGAUUCGGUCGAUAACAGAGCAACAAAUUAGUGACAGUUCGUCCUUUCCCAGUGCCAAACUAGAAGAAUGGAGCAUUAUAAACAGGACACAUUUUCCGCCGUCAGCAAGCUCUCCACUAGUCAAUGGCGUGCAGGAUAAACCACCGCAUUCUAUAGAACCUGAAGCAAAAUACAAACAGACGCAGAGUGGCUUGCCCACAGUGAACAGUUAUGUCACAGCGCCCAGCAUCCCAGCCUACCACCCUCCCACCCCAGUGUCGCCCUACAUGGGGUACAGCGCCACCACGUCGGCCUAUGUGACCGGUCCCACAUGGCAGCCGCACAGUGGCAGUGCUCUCUAUCACCACAGCUGUGACAACAUUGCCGCUCCGCUGGCCUUCAAGGGUAUGACAGCCCACCACCGUGACGCCAUCCACCCCCAUGCCCACCCCAUCACCGCCUCAGCACUGUAGAACACAGACAGACGGGCCGGUCAGACGGACGGAGAGACAGAGGGAAGAAGAAGGGGAGCAGGACAGACGGACGGGCGGAUGGAGAUAAAAGAGGAGGGAGGAAGGAGAUAAGGAGAAACAAGUCCUCCUUUACCAUGGGUCUGGUGCCAGCUCAUUACACUCACCUCUUCUGUAUUUAUAUGGUGACCUCACCUAGGCCCCAUAUCCAUCACAACAUUCUCUUCCAUACCAAAGACACAGUGAUCUCACCUAGGCCCCAUAUCCAUCACAACAUUCUCUUCCAUACCAAAGACACGGUGAUCUCACCUAGGCCCCAUAUCCAUCAUAACAUUCUCUUCCAUACCAAAGACACAGUGACCUCACCUAGGCCCCAUAUCCAUCACAACAUUCUCUUCCCUCCUAAAGACACGGUGACCUCACCUAUUCCCCAUAUCCAUCACAACAUUCUCUUCCAUACCAAAGACAUGGUGUGGAGAACUCAAGUUAACGCACAGUUAAAGACAGGACAUGGAAGGGAAACCUUGCCACACUAUCUACAGACAUGACACUGGUCUGUGGCCCUGCAGAAAGCUGUCAGGACAGGUGUAUUGAAGGACUGACUGGCUGUUUCUCAUAUUUCCAUGGCGGAAAUUGUGCCAUUCUCAUCAAGGACUUGCCUCUUAAACCCAUUUCUGCACACUUCUCUGCAAAUGUUAUUAGGGACAGGAGCUAAAGUACUGUAGGACAAUCACAACCACGAGGGAAAAACAACGUUUGCAUUUAAGUGUAUCAGGGGUGAUAUCAAUUGGUAUUGUUUUGGAUGUUUGUAUUUGUAUUUUUUUGUUUAUUAUUUUGACAAGUUACAAUCUUAAUAUUGAACAUUGUUUUUUCACUUCUCGACUUAAAUGUAUCUCCAUGUGUAUUUAUUAGACUGACUAAAAGGUACUAGGGUUGAACGGAGUACAAUUAUUACAUCAGAAGGCCACGGUGGAAACAGUGUAGUCCUAUACGGAUGUUCCCAACACACUUUGACAGCCUUGUGUAAAUGUUUGAAACGACAUUAUGAUAAAACGGUACAGCUGCACAGGUCCAAUCUAUCCACAAUGAAAUUGAAUGUAUCUUAAUUAAAGGAAACUGUGUGGA